AGAUGGUGGAGACUGAAUUUUGGGUCUUUGAGAGGGAUUAUGAAAUAACCUCAGAAAAGCGUCCCUGUAUAAAAGCACCUCACAGGAAUCCAGCUGCAGCACUACAGAUACACUUCAGAUACUCUGAUCAAGCUCAAGCACAGAAGCAGCAUGCUCAGGCUCUGCAUAGCUCUCUGUGUCCUGGCGACAUGCUGGGCGCAGGACUAUCUGGUGAGCAACAGCACUGUCCAACACGACUGUCUGGUGAGCAACAUCACUGUCAAACAGGACUUUGACAGGAUGAGGUAUCAAGGAACAUGGUAUGCCGUGGCCAAGAAAGACCCUGUUGGUCUUUUCCUUCUUGAUAAUAUUGUCGCCCAUUUCAAAGUGGAGGAGGAUGGAACCAUGACAGCCACCGCCACUGGUAGAGUCAUCAUUCUCAACAACUGGGAGAUGUGCGCCAACAUGUUUGGCACUUUUGAAGAUACCAUUGACCCCGCUAAGUUCAAGAUGAAAUACUGGGGAGCCGCAGCAUAUCUCCAGUCUGGAUAUGAUGACCACUGGAUCAUUGACACUGACUAUGAUAACUACGCCAUCCACUACUCCUGCAGAGAGCUCGAUAUGGAUGGAACCUGCUUGGACGGUUAUUCCUUCAUCUUCUCCCGAUAUCGUGAGGGCCUCAGGCCUGAAGACCAGAGGAUUGUGACUGAGAAGAAACAGGAGAUCUGCUUCCUGGGCAAAUACAGACGUGUUGCACACACUGGUUUCUGUGACACUGCCUAAACCACCGCUUCACAAAGAGCUUCUGAGGAUGUAAUCUGACAUUAUAUAUUUCUAACUGAUAUGUAAAUACAGACAAUAUGCCUAAUACUUUAAAAAGAGAAUGCAUAAUAAUUUUGCACUAAGCAAAGGAAGAUGUUUAAUAAAAAAAUGCAUAAAAAGUGCAUGGUUUAACCUUUUUUUUUUCAAAUAAA